AUGCCAACUGCCCCUUCGCACUUUCGCCUCAUCAUUCAGUCCUUCCUUCAGGCCGUGCACACACACCCAUUCUUCCUCUCCUCCCGUCAUUCUGUCCACCCUCAAGCUCCUCGCAUCGUCCCUCCCGCGCCCCUCCUCGCCUUACCGCUUUUUUCCCCUCCCGCAUCACCCAACAUCAUCACUCCUCUGUUCAAUCCUCUGUCCCCAGCUCCCCUUUUCGUCCCCUUUGUGGCGCCUCAUAAGCCCUCCCGCUCCCGUCACCCAGUGGCAUUAUUCCCUUGUUUGAUCCGUCCUCAAUUCCCGGUCGCCAGCAGUGGUGGGGGGGUACCUGAUGCGGGCCAAAGGGGUCAAGAUGAUGCAUUCCCAUCUCCUCCCGUCCACUCUCAUCCUUCGCCCUGUCUCCUCCCACUUCCCGCACCCACUCUCGCUCCCCGUUGCUACAGGUCGCCAGCAGUGGUGGUGGGGUACCUGAUUCGGGCCAAGGGGGUCAAGAUGACGCAUGCAAUGAACAACACACCCCCCACCAUGUCCCCCUCCCUACUCUUCCACCCCCCUCGCCUGCAGGUCGCCAGCAGUGGUGGUGGGGUACCUGAUGCGGGCCAAGGGGGCCCUGACACCAAUCCUGCUGAUGCUGCUACUGCUCCCCCGUUUGCAGGCAUGCCCCCUUUAGCCCCUGUCCCCUUCCCGCCUAUCCCUGGCAUGCCAGGUGGCGGCUUGCCAUUCGCCUUCCCUGGUAUGGGGGCUGGCGCAGGGGGGAAUCCUCCAGAGGGGUUUGUGUUUGGGGCAGGUGGGGAGGCAAACAGAGGGGGUGCAGGGCAGGGGGGGAAUGGGGGAGGGGGGCAGCGACUCCUCUCUGACGCGGCGCAGCUCGUUUCGUCCCAGUCAGGCCCCGUUACAGUCACAUCUUCCGUCGGAUCUUCGUCGCCGCAUGCGACAGCUCGCAUGCUCUAUGUGAGGUUUCCCGAAAUCCGGAACGACGAUCGCGACCACGCGCAUUACCUCGACCCGCAGAACCGCGCGCGCGCGGAAGUCGGCUCCCCCGCGCUUGUGUGGGACGCGGAGCUGCAGGCGCAGGCGGAGCGACUGGCGGAGUACCUUGCGCAAAAGGAGGGAUGCGCGGUGCGGCGGAUGAAGGAAAUCAGCGGCGGGGUCAACUUGCGCUGGGCGGCGGAAAGCUGGGGGGUGCCCGCGGAAGCGGAAUCGACGGUGGCGGAGUGGGUGCGUGAAAAGGCGCACUACCGCCUGGAAGCGUUCCCCGCGGGGUGCGCGGAGGGCAGGGAUUGCACGCACUACACGCAGGUGGUGUGGAAGAAGACGGAGCGCGUCGGGUGCGGAACAGCGAUGUGCAACGAAGGGGGAGCCAUUUGGGCGUGCCGUUACUUCCCGCCCGGCAACAUCGAGGGGAACCGCCCGUACUAA